CACUCUAAAAACCUUGAAUUCAUACCUGACGUCGAGGAAUAAAACUGGUAUCUGAGGUUAUCAGCUCUUGUUGUAAAAAGUUAAAAUUGGUCCACCGCACACUUGGUCCCUUUCACACAAGAUCAAUGGAGAUGCCUAAGUCAUCAGGCUCAUUAGGGGGCGAGAGUCAUAUAUCCGGAGGAGAUAUAUACGGCACCAUUCAGGAGAACAGUCUCAUCAACCAUAAGGUGGCCCUGCCUCCCAGAGCCGCUGGAACCAUCACCUACAUCGCCCCCGCUGGCGAGUACCAACUGGAGGACAUAGUGCUGGAGACAGAGUUUGAAGGGGAGAAGUCACAGUUCAAGCUCUACCACGUAUGGCCAGUGAGACAGAUGAGGCCAGUGGUGGAGAAGCUGGCGGCCAACUACCCUCUCCUGACUGGGCAGAGGGUGCUGGAUGCUCUCUUCCCGUGUGUCCAGGGAGGUACGACGGCCAUCCCGGGAGCCUUUGGCUGUGGGUAAGACUGUCAUCUCCCAGGCUCUGUCCAAAUUCUCCAACUCGGACGUCAUCAUCUACGUGGGCUGUGGAGAGAGAGGAAAUGAGAUGUCUGAGGUGCUGAGAGAUUUCCCUGAGUUGAAGGUGGACAUCGGUGGAGUGGAGGAGAGUAUCAUGAAGAGAACAGCUCUCGUGGCCAACACCUCGAACAUGCCUGUAGCUGCCAGAGAGGCCUCCAUCUACACCGGUAUCACUCUCUCAGAGUACUUCAGAGACAUGGGCUACAAUGUCAGUAUGAUGGCUGACUCCACCUCGCGAUGGGCCGAGGCCCUCAGAGAGAUCUCCGGUCGACUGGCCGAGAUGCCUGCCGAGAAUGGAUUCCCGGCCUAUCUGGGAGCUCGACUUGCCUCAUUCUACGAGAGGGCAGGUCGUGUGGUGUGUAUUGGGAACCCUCUGAGAGAGGGCAGUGUCAGUAUUGUAGGAGCAGUGAGUCCUCCUGGAGGUGACUUCUCUGACCCCGUGACUGCACAGACCCUUAACAUCGUCCAGGUGUUCUGGGGACUCGACAAGAAGCUGGCUCAGAGGAAGCACUUUCCCUCAGUCAACUGGCUGCUCAGCUACAGCAAGUACAUGAGGGUCCUGGACGAUUUCUAUGACAAGAGCUACCCCGAGUUUGUCCCUCUUAGGGCUCAGGUGAAGGAGAUUCUACAGGAAGAGGAGGACCUUUCUGAGAUUGUGCAACUAGUCGGAAAGGGCUCCCUGGCAGAGAGUGACAAGAUCAUUCUGGAGGUGGCCAAACUCAUCAAGGACGACUUCCUCCAGCAGAACUCGUACACAACCUACGACCGCUACUGCCCGUUCUACAAGACGGUGGGAAUGCUCCAGAACAUCGUGACCUUCUUCAACCAGGCGCAGCAGGCCGUGGAGCACACGUCUCAGUCUGACAACAAGAUCACCUGGGCCACCAUCAAAGACAACCUGGGAGACAUCAUCCACCAGCUCACCAGAAUGAAGUUUAUUAACCACAAUGAGGAGGGAGAGGAAGGUGUGAGGACAAAGAUAGCCAAACUGUCAGAAGACAUGCAAGAGCAGUUUCGGAAACUGGAGGAGUGAAAACUAGUUCUGCUGCUGCUGCUGUAUGUCGUCACAUAGAAAUGAACUUUAUUUUGUAGGUAUCAUUUUUUGUGUACUGUAGGAAUUGAAAAUUGUUAUUGCUGUCGUCAGGGGGUGAUGAUGGGACGUGGGGGCGCGUAACAAUACAGUGCGCAUGCAUGCUCGUGUGCUCAGCUGCCCACGACAGGAUGCG